AUGUGACAGCCCGCUGAUAUCCAAUCUGAUGCCGUCGUCCUUCACAAGCUCCUCCCAGUUGUCCAGCAGCCAUGGCCCAGAGUUUGCCAAGGUCAACAAGAGAGAAGGCGCUGGUGGCUGGUCACCUUUGACCUCUGACCGGUACCAGUGGUUGGAGGUUGACCUGGGAAGGCGGACCCAAAUCACAGCUGUUGCUACGCAGGGCCGCUACGGGAGCUCUGAUUGGCUGACGUCCUACCUGCUCAUGUUCAGCGACACCGGCCACAACUGGAGGCAGUACAGACAGGAGGACAGCGUUGGGGCCUUCCCCGGGAACAGUAACGCAGACAGCAUGGUCCAGCACAAGCUGCAGCACACGGUGGUGGCUCACUAUGUCCGCCUGGGGCCGGCCGACUGGAACCCCAGCGGGCGGAUCGGACUCAGGCUGGAGAUGUACGGAUGUCCUUACAUCUCCAGCGUGGUGGGCUUCGACGGGCGGAGCAGCUUGCUGUACGCGCUGAGUCCCGCGCUGAGCCCGGCCCCCAGGCUGACCGUCUCCCUGCAGUUCAAGACCCUGAGGAACUCUGGGACGCUGCUGCACGCGCGUGCCCCCGGGGGCCACGGCUUCAGCCUGGCGCUGCAGAGGGGCCGAGUGCUGCUCGGUCUCCACGCUCCAGGUAAAGCCAGCGCACACGUCCACACCCAUGG